UACAUGUAUUUAUAUCUUUAUUACUUUUUGGACAACUUAAAUAUAUUACUAUGAUUUAUUUUUUUGUGGUAUAAAACCUAUACGUAAACCAAACCCGACAAAUUUCAUAAAAACCGAAAAAUGGAACACUACUUUUCUGGUGACAAAUAAAAAAUCUUAUGAUUUAGGACGAAGUUAACCUAACCUAGAAGAAACAUGAGACAUAGAAGUUCAAUAGACAAAGAUUGCGCAGUGACAUUAUCAUCAAUGGUUUAAUCAGCUUAAUUAGACUAUAAGUUUUUGUAUGAUAAUAAUCCAUUCGUUACUUUACGAGUUUACUGAAUUGUUGAUUCCAAGAGAUACUACUAACAAAACCGAGAACUAUCUAAUUGCCCAAAAAUCAUGUUUAAAAUCUAUACAACUUGUUUUCACCGAGCUCACACAUUAAUAAAAUAUGAUAAGCUUGUGCUUUAUGUUUCUACCAAAAAACUAAUGUUAAGCUUCGUUUUAUCCCUCUUGUACUCGAAAAAUAAGUUUAUAUAAGAUGUAAACAUGAUUUUUGGGCAAUUAGAUAGUAAUAUUCCCCAUCAUUAUUUUUAAGUUUAUAUAAGAUGUAAACUUAUUUCUAAAACAUAAAUACAUGAUUGUUGAUUCCUUUUCAUUCCUGCUAUUUUAUUCCCGAACAUUCUUUUUUGGUCACCAGUCAUACCCUAAGAUGGGGAAUAUUACUAUCUAAUUGCCCAAAAAUCAUGUUUAAAAUCUAUACAACUUGUUUUCACCGAGCUCACACAUUAAUAAAAUAUGAUAAGCUUGUGCUUUAUGUUUCUAAAUAAAAAACUAAUGUUAAGCUUCGUUUUACCCCUCUUGUACUCGAAAAAUAAGUUUAUAUAAGAUGUUUUCUUAUCGAUUAACGGUCUGUUAUAUUGGUUAAUUAAUUUUUAUAUUGUUUCUUGCUAAUGUGGAUAUGUACUCAAGUUAAACCGAUUACUGACAUCUAUCAACACAAUAAAAUCAAUUUAAUUUAGCAAAAAAAAAAAUCAAUUUAAAACAACUACUUGAUAUUUAUUUAAUUAUGUUAUUCUUUCCUUACUCCCACCUUCACUUUUGAUUAUGCAAAUGCCUCUACAUAGAAACUAUAAAGGUAAAGUAGUAGUCAUUACGCAACUUGGUAAACGAAAACCAAAACCGCAAACAAGUCUGCUUGCAAUGUAUACGUAAUACCAUGGCCGCAAAAAGUACUUACUCUAUUUAGCUCAAGUCGUGACCACUUCAAUAUUCUUUAUCAUAAAGCAGGAUGUUAAAUAAUGUUGACACCAAGUUAGUAGAUUGAUAAUUUUAUCUGUUCAAAAUACAUUCAUAAAUCAUAAUAUUCACAAAAAAAACAAGUGUGCUCAUAUUCAUUAGUAAGAUAUCGUGGUAAGACAAGCUACUACAAGUAUUUUUAAUUGACCGAGAUAUCUUUGUUCAACGAUUUCUUGCAAUUACCGUUCCAUGUCUUCUGUAUAUAGGAGGUCUUAUACUCUUAUUUUCUUUAAACAACGACUAUCUUUUAUCUUGGAUUUUGUAGAGUAGUGUAGAGUAGGUAAAACACACACACAGACACAUAUAUUUAUAUGACUGUUACUGCUAUAAGCUAAAAGACUAGAUAGAAAUUAUAUAGAGCAUAGUGUAGAGUAGGUACUUUUUUAUAUACACGAAAGCAGUUCUAUUUAAGAUUGAAACGUAAUCGAACAAGAGAAAAUAAGAGAAGAAAGUCAUAGUGGUUAAGUUUCAGUUCCUGACAUGGUAAGUAUAGUGGGUAAUAUCUAAACAUCACAAAGCUGUCAUCCUCCCCACCACUUAUACAGCCUGUCAUCACUCUUCUACUGGUCUACAACACGACAAUGUCCUACGUGGCUUCCAAUUUUUUGUAACACAAACUCUUCUUGUCUAUUUAUAACACAAAUCUCCCUUUCUUUUCCACAUUAUUUUCUCCACUCAAUAAUCCCUUCUUUCACCGGAAAACGAGUCACGACUCACGAGUCAACUCAACAAGUUACCAAGAAUCAUACUAACACUUACAUAUAUGGGUAUAUGCAGUUCAAGUGAGUCGACACAAGUUGCGUCGGCAAAACUGAUAUUGCAAGACGGGAAGAUGAUGGAGUUUGCGAACCCUGUGAAAGUUGGAUACGUUUUGCAGAAGUAUCCCAUGUGUUUUAUCUGUAACUCAGACGAUAUGGACUUCGACGACGCCGUUUCAGCUAUUAGCGCCGAAGAGGAGCUUCAGCUUGGUCAGAUAUACUUCGCUCUUCCUCUUCGUUGGCUUCGGGAGCCACUUAAAGCGGAGGAGAUGGCUGCAUUGGCCGUUAAAGCUAGCUCUGCUCUCAUGAGAAGCGGUGGUGGUGGUGGAGGAAGUUGUCGCCGGAAGUGUAUCGAUCAUGUUGUCGUCUCUGAUAAAUAUCGUCUUAACGUUGGCUCCGGUGAUGAUACGGUGGGAUCAGGUCGGGUAAGGAGGAAAGGGAGAAACGUUGACGGUGGUGGUGGUAGCAGUAGUAGUGGCCGGAAGAGGAAAUGCUACGCGGCUGAGUUGAGUACGAUAGAAGAGUGAAGGGUAGUUUUGAAAUUUGUGGAUAGUUGUAACUAAGUUGGGGUAUUUUAGUCAUUUAAUUAAGAAGCAAUUUGCAAAUUAGCAUGUUCGAAAAAUUCUAUUUUGGGAUUUUAGUAGUUAGACCAUCAUUAAUAAUUUAAUAUCAACGAGAUCUUCUUACAAUUAAAAUAGAAAAAGGAUUAUAAAUCAACAGACAAAUUACUCCAAAAAAAAUAGAAAUUCGCGUAAUAUUUUUAGUUUAUUUUUUUACAUUUAUAUGUUAAUUAAAUUAUUCAAUAAUAAUAAUAAUAUUUAUGUUUUAGGGUUAGUGUG